AUGACAUUUGCAAAUAUGUUUUUAUCAGGAUUGGCAAAGUCAUCCUGUUCAAGUCCAUUGCCGUCCAAAAAUUUUUAUGAUAAAUGGGAUUCUCAUUUAAACUCUAUAAAAGAUUAUUAUGAUAUAUGUAAAGAAGAUAAAUACAAAAAUAAUGAUAAAUUUCUCAAACUUUGUUCCAUGGCUUUGUUGUAUUUAAGAAAUUAUGAUAAAUCAACUGAAAGAAAAUCUCUUCCUUGUAAUCGUUGUAGACUGUUUAAUUAUUGGAUAGUUGAUCAAUUAAAUAAAACUUUCGGGGGUGAGCGUAAUUUGGCCUUUGGUUUUCUUAAUUUUAUAGUGAAUAAAGUUCGUGACAAUAGUCAGUUCAUAAAGAAUAAUGAGUGUGAACUUGAUUUGGAGGUUUCUUCAGAUGAUAAAUGGGAGGAAAAAAAGGAAUUCUAUGAAUAUGUUAUAGAUUAUUUUCAAAUUAAUACAAGGGAUAAAUUGAACCAUGAGACUUGCAAAAAAUACAUAAAUUACCUUCAAGAUAAAAGUUCAUUAAAUACUUAUAUCAAAAAAAUUUUGCCUGACGUGAAAGAUAAUAAAUUGUCUAAAAUUUACGGGAAAUGCCGGAAUGUUAAUCAGAAAAUUCUCUUAUCCAAAUUGCAAAACAAUCCAAAUGAUUUAAUUUAUGAUGAUUCUGAAGAAGAAGGAGGUCUACAGCAACUCCCAAAGCUAGAGGGUAUCUCUGAAGAAGAUGCAUCAGAUGAUGGUAGAAUAAAUGGACCAAUGCCUUUUAGCGUACCCCAAGGGAAAUUUGAUGUGUCUUAUUAUAUCAAAUCGAUAAAUUCAUCUCCUUAUACUAUGCCAUCUAUACUUUCAGUAACGGGGGUAUCCGCUCUAGCCAUGUUUUUGAAUAAAUUUAAAUCAUCUGGAUUCUUGUUAAGAGGGGGAAGAGUACGAAGGACACAUUUUGCUGACGGUUUUAAUAAAGAAUCCGCAAACGAAUUUCCAGAUUAUUAUGCUGGAUAUCCUAUUGACAAUUUGGAAAAUGAUCGAAUAAAUAUAGCUUAUCAGACUACGUGA